UACGCCUUCCAACCUUAUGACGUCGGAGGCAGACCACGUGCGCAACAGCUCAAACACCCCACUCUUCUUCUCCCGAAAACCCCCGGGAAAAACCUAAAAGGAAAUAUCACCAGAAAGCCAUGUUUACAAGCUCCCGAAAAGAUCUCUCUUAAAAACGAGAAUACAAUCCAUUUUUUUUCAUGGUUUUCCCACUCAAAUCAUAAUAGAAGUCAUUCAUCAUGUUUGGAGAAAGGGGGCCAGGUCCCCGAACGACAUCUUUUCCUGUUUUGGCAAUGGCGUGAGGACAAGACAAUGCUUGAAAAAUAGCAGAUGUUUUCCCCCAAGACGUCCACCGGAUCAGGAGAAAGCUGUUGACGUCUAGCUUAAAUUGGUUAAUUCGUUUGCAGAUGUGAGAAGGGUUGGUUGUGAUGUUGGGAGGUGCGGCUGAUUUGUUCAUUUCGGAGAGAGACCCAUACCAUCAGCUAGAUACAGAAGCCAGUUUCGAGCAAGUGGUCGAGGCUGUUGUCAUUUUCGUCAUCUGCUUUGCCAUAGUCGUGACUAACGUCCUCAUCAUAUGGGCAGUAGCAUCAUCUCCUAGUCCCAAAGAAGCCAUAGAUUUUUAUGUGCUUUCCGUUGCUGUUGCAGACUUAUUAUGUGGAGUAUUCAUUGUGCCCCUUUCAAUUUACCCUGCACUUGUUAAAGAAUGGGUAUAUGGUGAUUUAGUAUGCCGCUUAACGGGUUUUUUAGGACUAACGCUGUGGUCAGUGUGUCUUUAUACAUUUAUGUGGAUAUCAGUUGACAGGUACCUUGCAAUAAGGAAACCACUGCGUUACGAUGUCAUACAGACCAGGACCAGAUGCCAGUGUUGGAUGGUAUUCACAUGGCUCACGUCGUUAUUUCUCUGCAGCCCUCCGCUCCUGGGAUUUUCAAAAGGACGCUUCUAUGGGGAUGGUUACAUAUGCAUGCUGGACCUUGGUAACAUGAUUCCUUACAGCAUUACUCUCGCUGUCCUUGUUCUAGCUCCAAGUAUACUUACCAUCUCUUAUACUUAUUUCUAUAUCUUGAGCACCAUGUACAGAUUGAGAAAGUGCUUGACCAAAGAGGAACGUGAUUAUGCGACUGCGGUGAGUGAAAACUUGUCCAACCCUGACCACCUUAUGUCCUUCGUUCUGAUAUUACUGUUCUGGAUCACGUGGAUGCCAUGGUUCAUUUUUCGCAUAGUUGAGAUUGUCCUUUCAACUACAGAUGAAUACCAUGCCUUGCAUUUCUGGCUUCUGUGGCUAGGUAUCACAGACUGCAUCUGGAAGUUUUUCGUAUACAUUACCAUGAGCCCGAAAUUCAGGCUCUGUCUCAAACGAUUAUGUCUCUCCAUGUGUUGUCGCGCUCCCACCAGGCAGCCGCUAAUUGUUUAAAAAUUGUGUUAUCUUAUUUUAAUUACUUGAUUUUGGUCGAAACAAAGUUUAAGAAACUGUUAAUUUGAAAAAGAAAGUCAAGGAUUUUAAAAUUUGUUGACAAGUUUUGUGAAAACCUAUCUCACAACUUUAUUUUUUUUUAAAAAGAAAUAUUCACGGAGAAAACAAUUAUGGUAAAAUUACUGUAGUGUAUGAUAAUAACAAAUCUAAUGUGUGAAAAAAUCUGUUAUCUCUAGAGAAAAAAAAAUCGAUUUCGUAAAAACAAAAAUAUACGGUACUUAAACAGUUCAUUUCGUCAUAUUGUAACAAUUUACCGGAAAUUCUGGUUCUUAAAAUUAUAACUCUUAUUACCACACAUUUAGUAAAAACAAUACAAAAAUGAAAAGUGAAUUUGGCCUUAUAAUUGGUUUUUAUGUUAUGUUCUAACACUAAUCAUGAUAAAAUUACCAAACUUUACCACAUUUAUUAAAUUAGAACGCAUACUAUAAUUAAUACGCUAUUUUAUUGCUAAUUUUACUAAAAUCACUACCAAAGAGAUUUGAGAAAAAAUUACCGAACGUUUUGGUUUCCCUUAUAGUCAUAUAAUUUUAUAACAUUCUGGUAGCUUUUACCAUACUUUUUUUCUCUUUGAUGAUUGUCCAAAGAAAGACAUUUACUGCUAACAUUUUGCUGGGUUUUUUUGUACAUAGCUCUUAUGCAUACAAUUAGUUUGAAAUUUACAUUAUUGUAUUAAGUAAUACAUAAAAUUUGAAACAAAAAACAAACAUAAUUUCUGACCGAGGAAUACUUGUCAACAUUUAAAUGCAAUUAAUAAGAUUAAAAUGAUUUGCUAAAUAAAUUUAUCUGUUUCAUAAAUAAAAUCAAUUUUAAUGAAUUCAUUUGCUGCCAUACAUGUUCUACAGCACUUUGUUUCGACCAGAAAUUAUUUAACUAAACCGAGUAUUUCUCUUUACACCGUAAAUUAACUCUUACCACCUUCUGCAGUAAUUAUACAUUACAGCAUCAUAACAAACGAGUAGUGUACUUAAAAGUUUAGCUUUCUAUUCGCAUUUAACUUAAAAUAUAACAAAUAAAAUCGCUGUAAACAAAAAAUUAUAGUUUACUAUUAGUUCUCAAGCACAAAUCUGGAAAACAAAGACAUCUGUUCAAAUUUUAAAUGCAAUUAGAUUAUUUUCUCCUGUUUCAUAAUAUUUUAAUCCA